GUCUGUGUGUGUGUAUUCGCGUGUGUGUGUGCGUGUCUGUGUGUGUAUUCGCGUGUCUGCGUGUCUGUGUAUUUGCCUCUGCCCUGCACUUUCACCGCCACGGAGGUGAAUCAGACGCUGCUGCCGCCGCCGCUGCGUCCACAGCCGCCGCGCUCCAACAGCCGAGGUGCGUCUUACUCUCCGCAGCGUCUCAGUCGGCAGCACGCUGGGCUUCUGGGGUGAUGGGAGCGGUGGUGCUGGUGAUAGUGGUGCCACGCCAUCCUUCGCCGAGCACCAUGCUCCCGCACUACGCCGAUGCCGAUGUGGCCCUCAUGCAAGAGCCGUCCCUGCUGCCACCGCCUCCUCCUCCGCCUCCUCCUUCGGCCGGCACCGGCAUUGACGACCGAUCGGCCGGCGCCGUCACAGGCACGGCCCGCCUCCUCCUCCUCGGCAAGCCAGCGCCGAGCCCCCAUAAGGGCCCGCCCACGCGCCGGCGCGCGUGGAAACAACGCACCUUCUCCGACCCGGGGCCCUGGGCGCCGACGCGCGAUGGCGUCAAGGCGGCUGCCGCCAUUGCCGCGGCCGCGGACCGUGCUGGCGCUGGUGAUGGCAGCUUCUCGGACGUCUCCAAUGUGUCGGCCGCUGACUCGGGCAUCUACGUGAGCUCGCCGGCACCGUCCCCACCGGUGGCGCCGUCCCCCUCUUCGCCGGUGCCACUGUUCUACGUAAACCUCGCGCUGGAACCGGAGGAGCCGUGCUCGGAGACAGCGCCUGGCUCACGAUCCGGAGUGCCGGCAGGAUGCUUGAGCGGUGCCUUCUCGGGACCGUCGCCGCUGCCAGCGCUGCCGCUGCCCGCUGCGGGUGUCGGCGGGAGGCGUCGGGCAGCCCACGCGGCCGACAUGGAGAUCCAGCUGGACCCGCUGGCGCUGGCUCCGCCACCAUCGCAGUGGAGGGUGGCCGACUCCGGUCCCGUGGGGCCGCCGCGGUUUUGGCCGGGGCAGCCGGAGCACCUCCUGGGUGGUGACUCUGCCGGCGCUGGCGGAAUCUCAGUGGCUUUCGACAUCCCCGUGGUGAGCGAGUCAUUCCUCAAGCGCACGUGCCACGAGCGCUUCUUCAAGAAGAUCUGCGCCAUCAUCAUCGUCAUUGUUUUCUCUGGCGUCGUUGCCAUGGUAGUGGUGCCGUACAUCAUGGCCAAGAAGUAGAGACCCAGAGACCAUUGGACUCACCACAGAGACCCAUAGACUCACCACACACAGACUUACAUAGAGAACCAAAUACUAACAUAGAGACUCAUAUUUACAUAGAUGCCCAGAGGCUACCAUAGAGAGCCAUAAACUUAGACUAAUAGAUCAAUAUAGAGAACCAUAGAUUUUUACAGUGACCCAUAGAUUUACACUGAUACCAAACACUCACACACACACGCACCAACAGACACAAAGACAAAGAACCACCAUAUAGCAAGUGCUGUUAGCG